GACGUUUUUAUACACAAAAGAAAUUUGUGCUUGUACGUGUACUUUAUGUAUAUUUCGUAGCUUUACACUUUCACUUUUCGAAAUUGGCCUUUGAUGAUUAGACGUAGCUUACGGCAAUGGAUAACUCCAACAAAUUGUUUCCCACUCGUUUGCAUCUUGUCAUUUUCAUCACUUAUAUUUCGCUGUUUGUUUGUCAAGGUUUACUAGUUACUGCUUCCCGUGAUGAAAACGAUGAGUAUCCUUACAAUAAGACGACCGUGGUCAUUUUGGUGGAGUUUGGAAAAUUACUUUUUAUUCUUACCUUGCAAUUGAAACAAUCGUCUCUAUCAGAUUUUGUAACUCAAAUAUCAAGCAAUAUUAAAAUGUUAGGAUUCUACAUGAUUCCAGCUGUAUUAUACAGCGUGUACAACAAUCUCUUUUUUAUCAACUUGCGAGCUUAUGGUCCAACGUCCUAUUGGUUACUUCUACAGUUUCGUGUUGUUAUAACUGGCAUAGUGUAUCAGGUAUUGUUCAGCAAACAGUUAUCUCUGAAACAAUGGUUUUCUCUGGGCUUGCUGACCUUUGGCUGCAUAGUUCAACAUAUCGGACAAAGUUCAUCAGCUACAGACUCAUUUCAUUUCAAAAUAGACAAGUACCUUAUGCUUAUGCUUGUUCAGAUUCUUAGUUCUUGCUUUGCCAGUGUUUAUAAUGAGUACUUACUGAAAGGAAAGGCUGGUGAUGUGCCAUUUCUUAUUCAAAGCUUCUUCAUGUAUCUGGAUUCAAUCAUAUGUGGGUUAUGUUAUAUGUACUUUAACGGAACUUUUUCCAAAGCUAUUAGUCCUGAAGGAAUUACUGCUGUAAAGCAACCAAUAGUGGUUGCUAUCAUUGUAAACAACAUCAUUGCUGGCAUAGUCACUGCUCUUCUACUUAAGAAACUGAACUCAAUUCUAAAGCAGUUUGCUGCAUCAUUGGAAAUCAUUCUCACAGCUAUAUUUGUAUGGCUUCUGUUUGGUAAGGCUAUAACAUCUUAUACAUUCCUGGCUAUUUUAAUUGUAUGUUCUUCAAUAUACGUAUACUCAACAAGUCCUAUAGAAAACUCUGUGCAGACUUCAAGUGAGCCGACAAGUUCUGGUAGCAAAAGAGAAGAACAUGUGUAAAUUAAUUUUAUGUUAGAUCUUUAAAGGAAUCUCAGUUUGAUUUAUUGUUUGGGUGAUUAAACAAUUUUGACAGAUGAGUAAACCUGAAAUGCAAUAUCUUGCAUGUACUUAAGACCCUGGUAGUGUAUACUACAUAAUCCUGGGUAUUUAAUUUGAGAACAACUUUUUGUAUGAUAAAAAGUCUGAAUUUUCUAUAAAGAAAGAAUAAUACCAAUUGAAAAUAUAAUAUUUUUUUUUAAUCUACUAAAAACAACCUUCCUACACAA